AUGCCUCGGAGCCACGGCGGAGAUGAAGAAGGCAUCGCCGGGCUCUGGAUGAGAACCUCUCCGCGUAAAGAUGUGGAGUGUGGCCGAAGGGUGACGAUGAUGGCCACGAACAGCGCGGGGGACGGCUUGCUCUCCGCUGGCUCCUCUUCUUCCACGGCAGGUGGUGGUGGCAGCGGUGGUGGAGGGUCCGACAGCCUGCGAGGGAAGCAGGGCGCACGGCUGAGUCUGCUGGGGAAGCCGCUCGUCUACAGCGCACAGAGCGGCCGCCGGAACGUCCGCUACAGACGCCUGCAAAACUAUCUGUACAACGUGCUGGAGAGACCGCGAGCCUGGGCCUUCAUCUACCAUGCUUUUGUGUGA